AUGGCAAGCGGGAGAAAGAAUCCCCCGGCUCAAAUAUGUAUACGGCGUCCGUUGGGUCUAACAACGAGGACACUGCUCACCGCCUCUCUGGCGUCCAGGAGACCCUCUUUUCCUUCAUUCACCUUGAAUAUCAUUGCGAAAUCUCGAAAUGUCUCUCUGGGUUCAAUUUUCAAUCGAUUCAAAGGCUCGCCAGCACCGUCGCCUACCGUCGUAGCUCAUGUCACGAAGCUUGAGGCGGAGGCAAACGUGUACCCUCACGAUGUCGGAAAGCAGCUGGCGCUUUUUGACGCUUUGUUGGAGACGAAGCUCAGGUCUUCCUAUGAGCUUAUUCUCAAUCGUUGGGAACGAAUGUGUGAAUUUGACCCUACAUCUCCCCUUCUCCGGUCGGAAGAAGCAUUUCAGAUUUAUUUGACGUGUUUGAUAAAUACGGGCCAGCAGAAUUCAGUCUACUCAGCCGCUCGUCGCCGAGAUUCUCUUUUGGCGUCUUUACCCGCCGUAGUGAAUCACCAGGCUCCUACGCCUCAGGAGCAGCCAAAUGCAACCAUUGCGCCUGAAACUGGUGUUUCUGAAUCACACGCGACCUCAUCACCGGAACCUAACCCUCCGCUCCCAAUUACGCCCAAAUCUAGCCAGGACAUCGCCAAAGCCGUUCUUUCAACGCAUGCAACGUCUUCAUCUUCACCUCUCUUGUCGAAUGUGGACCCCGCAAAGCUGGCCUCCGCUUUUGAGGCUAUCGGCCCCGUUCAAGUCACCAUCGUCGAACGUAAAAGUGCAUGGAUACCUCGGCUAGCUCGCUUUAUCGCUGUCCUCUUGGUGUCCUCCUUCUUUUUCCUGGUUAUACUGUCGGUCUUCUUCGAGAACACGGGGAUUAUCAAGAAUGGUCCUCGAACGGCCCAGUAUCAACCGUCUCAGGAAAGUACUGUGAAAUUCAGUGACGUUCAUGGCGUAGAUGAGGAAUUGCAAGAUGUCGUUGAAUUCCUCAAGGACCCAGAGUCCUUUGCAACACUCGGAGGAAAGUUACCAAAGGGUGUUUUGCUUACUGGAUCCCCCGGAACUGGAAAGACAAUGCUUGCGCGCGCAGUUGCAGGAGAAGCCGGCGUUCCAUUCUUCUUUGCCUCGGGAUCCGAUUUUGAGGAAAUGUUUGUCGGUGUAGGUGCUAAGCGUGUUCGGGAUCUGUUCGCGGCAGCUCGUAAGAAAGAACCUGCCAUUAUAUUUAUCGACGAACUCGACGCGGUUGGUGGGAAGCGGAAUGCAAGAGACCAGCAGUAUAUGAAGCAAACACUCAACCAGCUUCUUGUGGAAAUGGACGGAUUCCAGCAGAGUCAAGGCGUUAUUGUUAUAGCCGCUACCAACUUUCCUCAGAGUCUCGAUCCAGCCCUCGUAAGACCUGGACGAUUCGAUAGACAUAUCGCUGUACCACUUCCCGACAUUCGUGGACGUGCACAGAUUCUCCAACACCACAUGCGAAAUGUGUCCACAGCCAAAGAUGCUGAUCCCAAAGUUCUUGCUCGCGGAACGCCAGGCUUUUCUGGUGCUGAUCUACAAAAUAUGGUAAAUCAAGCUGCCAUUCAGGCUGCCAAAGAACGGGCCAAAGAAGUGACUCUGAGCCACUUCGAAUGGGCUAAGGACCGUAUUCUCAUGGGCGCGGAACGAAAGAGUCAAUACAUUGCUGAAAAGGACAAACUUGCCACGGCAUAUCAUGAGGGCGGGCAUGCCCUUGUCGCACUGUAUACGGAAGGUGCAAUGCCUCUUCAUAAGGUUACUUGCGUGCCUCGGGGACAUGCCCUAGGCUAUACAUCUAUGCUUCCGGAGAAUGAUAGGACUUCUAUCACUCUGAAGGAAUACCUUGCAUCCAUAGAUGUCUCCAUGGGAGGUAGAGUCGCUGAAUCGCUUAUUUACGGGCCUGAAAACGUUACUAGUGGAGCUAGUUCGGAUAUCCAAAACGCUACCUCAAUAGCACAGUCUAUGGUUAAGCGUUGGGGCUUUUCUAAACUUGGUCCGGUCUAUUUCAAUGAUAAGGAGACAAGCCCUGCUCGGAUGCAACAAAUUGAGGAUGAAGUGACAAAUAUCAUCAAGACCGGGGAGGCUCGAGUCGUCGCACUUCUUCAGGCCAAAAUUGAUGAGCUUCACAAGCUCGCCCAUGCUCUCGUUGAACACGAGACUCUAGACUCCCAGCAGGUGAGGAAGGUUGUGAAAGGAGAAUCAAUACGGAACAUCGAUGAGGUACUGGAGAAGGAGCUUGAUGGUUUAAGGAAAGGGAAAGAAGAAUCCAAAUAA